AUGGACGUUAAGCUGAAACAUGCCUCUCAAUGGCACAUGUGGAUAGAUCAGGUCUGGGAAUUUGCUGAGCAACUGCAUGUGUGGCAUCUGUGUAAUCCAGAGCUCGCCUUCAAUGAGCUUGAGGUACCAUUACAGAAACCGAAACAACCUGCCUAUCCCGAGGAAGACGAUACACAGGGAAAGAAAGAGUGGAGAGACAGGCUGGAUCUUUUCAACAUACAGUAUGAUCAGUGGAGGAUGCAAAAUCAGGGGCUUGUGGCGAUGAACCAAUACAUCGUCCGCCACCUCGCCAAUGACUAUCGACACUUAGUGAUAGGCAAGCACUCCGCGUACGAGAAGCUUAGAUGCCUCAGUGCCCGCUUCGGCCUAGACACCUCCUAUAAAGAAGAGGUUCGGGUUAGAUGGAAGCUCCAUUCAAUGGACAAGCCCACCGGGGACAUCGAAGCUUGGGCUGACAAGUGGAAUGCCCUCAGGGUAGAAAGCCUGAGGCUAAAAUUUCCCGACUUCGUUAGCGCCAACUGA